AUGAGUAAGACAGCUGCAAAUGAUUCCGCUACGGAAAAGAACAAUCUAAGUGAGACUGAACAACACUACUUCAAUUCAUACGACCACUAUGGUAUUCACGAAGAAAUGCUUCAAGAUACCGUUCGUACCUUGUCUUACAGAAACGCAAUCAUCCAAAAUAAGGAUCUGUUCAAGGACAAGAUUGUUCUAGAUGUCGGUUGUGGUACAGGUAUCCUAUCCAUGUUUGCUGCCAAGCACGGUGCUAAACACGUCAUCGGUGUAGAUAUGUCCAGUAUCAUUGAAAUGGCUAAAGAACUUGUUGAACUGAACGGGUUCAGUGACAAGAUUACUCUGCUCAGGGGGAAGUUGGAAGACGUCCAUAUGCCCUUUCCUAAAGUCGAUAUUAUAAUAUCUGAAUGGAUGGGUUACUUUUUGUUGUACGAGUCCAUGAUGGACACAGUCCUUUAUGCCAGAGAUCACUAUUUGGUGGAGGGCGGUUUGAUCUUCCCUGACAAGUGUUCCAUCCAUUUGGCUGGUUUGGAAGACUCUCAAUACAAAGACGAAAAGCUAAAUUACUGGCAAGACGUCUACGGGUUCGAUUAUUCUCCAUUCGUCCCAUUAGUCUUACACGAACCCAUCGUCGAUACCGUGGAAAGAAACAAUGUUAACACCACCUCAGAUGAGUUGAUCGAGUUCGAUUUGAAUACAGUUAAACUUUCGGACCUAGCUUUCAAGAGUAAAUUCAAAUUGACUGCCAAAAGGCAGGAUAUGAUCAAUGGUGUGGUCACUUGGUUCGACAUCGUUUUCCCUGCUCCAAAGGGUAAAAGACCUGUUGAAUUUUCCACUGGACCUCAUGCCCCAUACACUCACUGGAAGCAAACAAUCUUCUAUUUCCCUGAUGACUUAGAUGCUGAAGCUGGUGACACCAUUGAAGGUGAGUUGAUUUGUUCUCCAAAUGAAAGAAACAACAGGGAUUUGAACAUCAAGCUUUCUUACAAGUUCGAAUCCAACGGCAUUGACGGUACUUCAAGAAACAAAAAGAACGAAGGUUCUUACUUGAUGCAUUAA